AUGUCAUUAAAUCAGGCAUGGCAACACCUGCUGAAGGCAAAAUUACUUACACGAGUAGCUCCUCCAAACAUCAAUACAUCUUCUCCUCGCUAUGAUCCUAACGCAAGGUGUGAGUACCAUUCUGACUGUGUGGGGCAUGAUACCAACAACUGUUGGACACUGAAACACAAGGUCCAGGAUAUGAUUGAUGCUGGGGAAAUCGAGUUUGACCCUCCUGAGACUCCCAAUGUUAUCACCGCUCCUAUGCCAAAGCAUGACAAAGCAGUCAAUGCUAUCAACCAGGAUUCUUAUGUUACUAGCGUGAUGAACUUGACAACUCCUCUCCCUCUUAUCAAGAAGAAGUUGUUGCAAGCCGGUUUAUUUCCGGGUUGUGUUGAAGACUGUCUAGCUCAGAAUUUGAAAUUCGAAGACGUGUCUGUGAUCUCUAAGACCCCUGUGAGAAUUCCUACCAAAGGCCCCAUAAGAAUCACCGUUGAGCCUAAGGUAGCUCCCUUGAUCAUUACCAAGCCUGGUCCAAUCCCGUACUCCUCUGACAAGGCUGUCCCCUGGAGCUAUGGCAAUGAUGUGUACAUCCAUGGUGUGAAACAAGAAGCCCUGAAUGAUGAGCCCGUUAAAAUUCUCAAUCCUGACGUUGACAAUAUCGUGGGGACUAGUAAGGUUACAAGAAGCGGAAGGAUUUUCUCCCCGGAAAUCUCUCCAGAUGCCAAUACCUCGACCCAAAUUCCUGUUUCUGAUUCAACUGCUGAUGAGAGAGGAAAUGGACCAUUGUUGGAACCAGUUCAGACACCAGUUGAAGCUACUACUGAAGAAGUCUCCCAGAAAGAAAUGGAUGAAAUCCUAAAGAUCAUCCGGAAAAGUGAUUAUGACGUGAUCGAACAGUUGGGGCACACUUCCUCCAAGAUAUCCAUGCUAUCAUUGUUAACCUGUUUUGAGGCUCAUGCUAAGGCUCUGAUGAAGUUUCUAAAAGCUGGGCACGUGCCACAAGAGAUUUUUGUUAAUCAAUUCGAGAACUGUGUUGUGAGCUUGACAACCAGCAACUAUUUGGGGUUUUCUGAUGCUGAUUUGACUCCCACUGGAAAAGGUCAUAACAAGGCCUUGCACAUCUCCAUUGAGUGUAAGGGCACUACUGUGUCUCAUGUGCUGGUGGAUAACGGUUCCUCGUUGAAUGUGUUGCCUAAAAUGGUGCUGGAUAGAAUUGAUUCUGAAGGGAUGAUACUGAAACCCAGUGAUGUGGUGGUAAAGGUUUUCGAUGGGUCGAAGAGUACGGUCUACGAAGAGGUUGAGCUCCCUAUCAGAGUAGGUUCUCAGACUUUCAACUCCUUGUUCCAUGUGAUGGAUAUCCACCCCGCUUAUUCCUGCUUGCUUGGGCGCCCGUGGAUACAUGGGGCAAGUGCUGUAACAUCUACUUUGCAUCAGAAGCUGAAGUACCCUGCAAAUGGCAAGAUCGUCACUGUGCAUGGGGAAGAAGAAUAUGUGGUUAGCUAUGUGAAUGAGUACAAAUAUGUUGAAGUAAAUGGAGAAUUCAUCGAGACUCCUUACCAGACUUUUGAAUUGGUUCCUCAGGUUGUCUCUGCUGCCAAGCACACUUCUACUGUUCAUAAAGUUACCCGGAUCCCUCUGACAAUGGCUUCUCUAAAGGAUGCUAAGGCUGUGGUUGAAGAAGGUGGUUGUACUAUUUGGGGCCAACUCAUUGACGUCCCCUAUAGGUUUGACAAGCUUGGGCUAGGUUGUACUACUGGAACUCGGAAGAGUAAUUAUCACACCCGCCCUGGAGGAUUAAUGUCUCACUUCAUCAGCAAGGGAGUCAAUGAUUUAGAAGAUGGUGAGAGCAACUGCGAUCUAGACAAGUGGAUCUUUCCUACACUUGACAAUGGGCUGAAUAACUGGAAGACCGGAGAUGUUAUCUCUAUCUCCUUCAUCCAGGAGUAA